GCAGCCGCAAACAGCUUCCCUUCUUUCCCCGCAGCAAUCCCUCCAGUGUCAGACACACAGAAAACCAGCCGCUCAGUUCAGCUUCCCUUCACCAGGACCGCGAACGCUAAGGCGAGCGAGGAAUUCUCUUGACAACUUGCCUCCUCGCUGUAGCACUAGCCUAAAAAUAACGGCAAGAACCGCGAGUGUAUCCAUCUCAUUGCGUCCGUCCAGCAGAUUACGCCCCGUUUUGCAGUGGUCAUCAACGUCCAACCAGCCAUGAUGUAUUCUCCGGAAUUAUCAAUGGCAUUGGCGCACCGUCAGCGUCGCCGCGCCAGUACCAGCGCUCGCAAGCGCUCUCUAACUGAAGGAGUGAUGGUCGGAGCCAGUAGCAGACCCAGUGGCAGCGGCCGGAGCCUCCGCUUGAGCGGCCGGAAGAGCAACGGGUUUGACAAUGAAGUGGAAGACACUCAAGUCCCGCCUGCCAUUAAAUACCUGGAACAAGUGGCUCUGGAAAUGUCCGUGACAAAGAAACAUGCGGACGUGCGGUACGUCAUGACAGUGCGGCAUCAGGAGCUCAACGUGGCCUGGCGGCUCGCCAGAUCCUUCGACGAGUACCGCAAACUACAGCAACGGCUACUCAAGAAACUCCAGCACGGUCACUUCUGCGACGCUGAUUGUCCAUGGCUUUACGGGUUCUUAAAGAGUUAUUUCCCCAAGAAGAUCGUCUUCACCUUCUCAAGUUCUCGCGUGGUCGAGCAGCGCAAACAAACACUCGAGAGGUUCUUCGCGGCACUAUACGGGUUCUUAACGGACCGCAAGAACUUCUGCUGCUCUGUAGUUAUGACAGUGUUUGCAGACGAGUUGGUGGAAUUCAUCUACGGCGACGCAUUGCAACAGUACGGACUGGAAAACCCAAUAAAGUCGGAGAUACACGACGAGAUGAGGAGGAGUGAGGGCUACAGUUCGCAUUGGGAAGCACCGGAAACUCCUCAAAAGUUGCAACUACUUCAACGAGAAUCCGAGCGACAGUUUAGUCGACAAUCGUCGCUUACCAACUCGAUCCGAGGAUCUAUGACGGACGACGACAUUGUGAACGAUCUGAAUUGUGGCGACUGUGGGAUUUGCGGCUCCACGUUGUGUGGUGUGGCCAACGGUAGUUCGUCCAGUCUUACCAUCUCCAGUUCGGAUAAUGACAGCAACCGGUCCAUUAACAGCAAUGGAUCGAACGGUGGCGUGUUCACGCCCCCAUGGCUGGGGAACCAGAAGAAGAACGGCAGUGGGAGUGCCAAUAGCUUCAGUGGCUCUCGACGAAGUGCCAGUCGACGACGAGCUGCGACGUAUUACUUGACGACGUUGAGUUGCGGCCACCAAUUCCACGACGAAUGCAUCGUACCGAAACUCAACGAGUCGUUGGAAUGCCCCACCUGUGGUCGCAUACAAACCAACAAUUAAGCAGUAUGAGCCACGUAAAGUUCGGGACAAAACGGGAGUCGGCGAACUUUGUUCAUAGCCGUAUAUUAGACCUCCGUUAGCAAAUGUGUAUAAAGCUUUUUUUUGUCAUUUCUUGCGAUGCAGAUACCACGUAGCGUCUCCCCACGCUUCCUGAGUGACUGUGAGGUGCCUCAAUUCAGC